AUGGAAGGAAGGAAGGAAGCAGGAAGUCUUAAAAACUACAAGCCAAAAUUCAGCUAUAUCUUCUGUGAUAUGGAUGGUACACUUCUGAAUAGCAAAAGUCUAGUUUCUGCAACAAAUGCUGAGGCUUUAAGAGAGGCUUCAUCAAUGGGUGUAAAAGUGGUGUUAGCCACUGGAAAAACUCGUCCAGCUGCUAUAACUCUUUUAAAUAUGGUGGAUUUAGCAGGAAAAGAUGGAAUUGUCUCAGAGUCCUCACCAGGUGUUUUCAUACAGGGUUUGCUUGUUUAUGGAAAAGAAGGCAAGGAAAUUCAAAAAACAAAUUUGGAUCCAAAUGUUUGCAAAGAAGCAUUUCAUUAUUCUGUAGAACACAAGGUUCCACUUGUUGCAUUUAGUGAGAAUCGUUUGCUGACCUUAUUCAGUCAUCCUCUUGUGGACUCCCUCCACACCAUAUAUCAUGAACCAAGGGCAGAAGUUAAGCCUUCAGUGGAGGAGCUGUUAAGUAGUGGAGAUGUACAAAAGGUGUUAUUUCUAGACACUGCUGAAGGGGUUUCUGGAACACUGAGGCCAUAUUGGUCAGAAGCAACAAAGGGUCGUGCAUGUGUUGUUCAAGCACAAGCAGACAUGCUUGAAAUUGUGCCACCUGGCACUUCAAAGGGUAAUGGAGUAAAAAUCCUGCUAGAUCAUCUUGGAGUUACUGCAAAUGAGAUAAUGGCUAUUGGUGAUGGAGAAAACGAUGUUGAGAUGAUGCAAUUGGCUUCUUUAGGGGUUUGUUUGAGUAAUGGAUGUGAGAAGACAAAAGCUGCAGCUAAUGUGAUUGGUGUUAGUAAUGAUGAAGAUGGAGUUGCCGAUGCUAUCUAUAGAUGGGUAGAUACUAGUAAAAGGAUAGAGAAAGGCUAG